AGUCUUGGAGUGGUAUCCUAGCAACCUAAACACUCAAAAAUCGGGCAGUAGGUUAGCAAGUAGCAUCACCGCUCUUUUGACUUCUUUUACAACUAAAACUACAUAUUAACCAGUUGAAUGGGAUUUUAUACAUAACCCCACUGUUAAAAUUGAUUAAAUAAUACUUAAACUUCGUGUUAAGUUUGAAAGGACUAACAGAAAAUAUCGCAACUUGAUUGGCUACAGAUGCUCGUGUAGCAUACAGGAGCAGAUGGACCAAACUACACGUUCUCGUAUUUAUGUCGAAAGAACUCUUGCUCUUAUAAAACCAGAUGCCAUCCACAAAGCUGACGAGAUCGAGGACGUUAUCCUGAAAUCAGGCUUCUUCAUCCUGCAGAAGCGGAGGCUGCAACUGAGUCCUGAGCAGUGCAGUGACUUCUACGCAGACCAGUAUGGAAAGCUCUUUUUUCCCAGCUUGACCGCCUUCAUGAGUUCUGGCCCCAUCAUCGCCAUCACUCUGGCCCGCGACAACGCCAUCGGCCACUGGAAGUCCCUCAUAGGGCCCGUCAACAGCAUCAAGGCCAGAGAGACUCAUCCAGAGAGCCUCAGAGCAAAAUAUGGCACCUCUGACCUGAAAAAUGCGCUCCAUGGCAGUGACUCAUUUCAUGCGGCUGAAAGGGAGAUCAAAUUCAUGUUCCCAAAUACUGUAAUCGAGCCCUUUGCCUCAAGAGAAGCAACCGAAGAAUACCUGAGCCGGUAUGUGAACCCAACCCUGCUACAAGGACUCAUUGAGCUCUGCAAGCACAAGCCUCGCAAUCCCUGUAUUUGGCUAGCUGACUGGCUGAUCAAAAACAAUCCAAACACGCCUCAAAUAUGCGAUGGGGCCAUCGUCGAAGGAGUAGAAUGACAACAUGGAAAGGAUGAAUGAAUGUAUCAUUUCCAAUGUUAUUUUGUAGCAGGCAAAAACAUUCUGUGUUCUGUGAUGAAGUAAAAAUGUCUUAUUUGCACUAAU